GCAGGAGGCGCCGCCGGUUCUGCGCUCUUCGGGCUGAUCCUUUGAAGACCUUGGGCGUUGCGCAACGCUGGCCAGGAUGCUGAAGGGCACCAUGGCGAACUUCGGCAAGAAGCUGAUCCGGCAGCGCACAGUGGACCUCAACGCGCAAGAGUCGCAAUUGGCGCGCUGCCUCUCCACCCUGGACCUGAUAGCUCUCGGCGUGGGCAGCACUCUCGGGGCUGGCGUCUACGUUUUGACUGGGGAGGUGGCCAAGGAUACGGCCGGACCUUCCAUUGUGAUCUGUUUUUUCAUUGCGGCCGUUUCGUCGGUGCUGGCUGGCCUCUGCUAUGCGGAGUUUGGAGCCCGGGUACCCAAGGCCGGGUCUGCCUAUCUCUACAGCUAUGUGACCGUUGGGGAGAUAUGGGCCUUCACCACAGGAUGGAACCUCAUCCUCUCGUAUAUCAUAGGGACCGCGAGCGUCGCUCGUGCCUGGAGCUCCACGUUCGACCACAUCAUCGGUGGCCACAUCUCCACUUUCUUCAAGAAUAACACUUCCGUGCAUAUGGAGAACGUGCUUGCCGAAUAUCCCGACUUCUUUGCCCUCUUCCUGGUGUUGCUGCUCACAGGCUUGCUGUCAUUUGGUGUGAGCGAAUCCGCCCUGGUGAACAAAAUCUUCACAGCCAUCAACUUGCUGGUCCUUAGCUUUGUCAUCGUGGCUGGAUGCGUGAAGGGAGAUGUCAAGAACUGGAGCUUGUCCGAGGAGGAUUUCCAAAACUACUCUCAUAAGCCUGCUUCAUCCGGAAGCGCAGUUGGCGAGCUUGGCAAAGGAGGCUUUGCUCCCUUUGGCUUUGAGGGGAUCCUCUCUGGGGCUGCCACAUGCUUCUAUGCCUUUGUUGGAUUCGAUUGCAUUGCAACGACAGGUGAGGAAGCGCGCAACCCUCAGCGCUCCAUCCCCAUUGGCAUCAUCGUCUCCCUCCUCAUCUGCUUCGUGGCCUAUUUUGGGGUUUCUGCUUCCUUGACCUUGAUGGUGCCCUACUUCCUGGUGGAUAAAGAGAGCCCGCUGCCCGACGCCUUCAAAGCUGUGGGGUGGGAGCCCGCCCGCUACGUGGUAGCCAUUGGCUCGCUCUGUGCCCUCUCCACGAGCCUGCUUGGCUCCAUGUUCCCAACGCCGCGAGUGAUCUAUGCCAUGGCUGAAGAUGGGCUGCUCUUCAGGUUCCUCUUCCGGGUGCACAGCCGGACCAAGACUCCCUUGGUGGCCACUGUUGUGUCGGGCAUCAUCGCCGCCCUGAUGGCUUUACUCUGCGAGCUGAAAGACCUGGUUAACCUCAUGUCGAUCGGGACUCUGCUGGCGUACUCCCUGGUCGCUGUUUGUGUGCUCAUCCUCAGGUACCAGCCUGAGAUGUUCGCCGCCUCCAAAGACCUGGAAAUGCUUGAGAUGAAUGGAAGUGAAGAAGAGAAGGUGGUCAUCAAUCCCUCAAUUGGCAUUAGCCAGACUGUGCUGAAAGAGGAGUACAGCUGGAGGAGCCUUAUCUGUCCUUCUGAGGACACUCCAACUCAUCUCUCAGGGCGCAUUGUCUACAUCAGCAGCACACUUGUCUGUAUAAUGAUCACAGCCCUGUGUGGAAUCCUGGCAUAUGAGUGGGCAUCCCUCUUGAACGGCAGCGUCGGUUGGAUCAUAGCCUGCGUGGUUUUCCUAGGUGUUUCGCUUGUUGGCACUAUUGUCAUCUGGAGGCAGCCAGAAAGUACGACACGUCUCACUUUCAAAGUGCCUGGCUUGCCAUUGCUCCCUCUCUUUAGCAUCUUAGUGAAUAUCUAUCUGAUGAUGCAGCUGGACAAAGGGACUUGGGCCCGCUUUGCUGUCUGGAUGGCCAUAGGCUUUGCCAUCUAUUUCGGCUAUGGGAUCAGGCACAGUGAAGAAGGAAAGGUGGCACGGUCAUCUCAGCCAGCAACAAGCAAACCUCUGCAGUGCCCUAGCUCUGACCCGAACCAAGACGUUGCUAUCUGAGAGCAGGUGAUCUUCUCCCUGCCCCCAUCCACGCAGCACGGGUGCUCUUGGGUUCUUACCUGCCUCCUACCUUUCCCUGCAGCAAGGAAGUGAGGACACGAUCCUGGGCGUGUGGUCUCUCUAGCAUGCUGUCGUGAACUUGCGUCCAUACAAGGGGGGUGAAUAAAACUGUUGGGCAGGAGGUGGGGCAGAUGCAAGGCCCAACUAGUUCCCCCUUGGCCUGUGGGGGGCGGGGAAGUCAACACCAGGCAGAGAAGCUGCUGCACACCCCGGCAUCUGUAUUUAUUCUAUCUGGCCUUGUUUGCUAGAGGUGGCCUUUCUCAUGUAGCUGUAUGCGAGUGAC